AACUCAAUUUCAGAGAGCGGUCUCAAAUCGCGUGCACCAAUCCUGGUUAAGAUGUUGUGUUUUAAGUCAUUUUUACUUUUGGUGUUAGUGGCACUUUUAAUUGGAGUUAAUCAAGGUCAAGUGGCAAAAGAAGCUGACGUCAUUGUUACGCCAGAAGCAGAAACAAUCGCCAUAGAGACAACUUUCAUUGAGACACCAGUGACACCAUUUCAAUGUGAGGGCAUAGAGAAACCUUUGGAAGAUAGUCCAUGUGGAGGUUGUACUUGUAUUAACAAUGAAUGGGCCUGCACAAUGGCAGCCUGCAUGAGACCACCUUGUGUCGAUGCCGUUACAAAACCUGGCCAAUGUUGCGGAGAAUGCCCCAACGGUCCAAACUGCUACAUCGAUGGUGUAUUGGUUCCAAUGGAUCAAGACUAUGUAAGACCCGACGGUUCUGUCUGCUUUUGUCAAUACAACUCGUGGGAGACUGAGGUCCUGUGUAUACCCCCCUUCACUACGCCCCCUGGCUGCGAGGGUUUACAAAAACCAGUUGAUGAUGGCCCGUGUUCCUUCUGCUCAUGUGAACCAAACUGGUUGGGGCAGUUUGAAUGGUCUUGUAUCGUGGCAGACUGCAUGGUGCCCAAGUGUGUGGACGCAGUCAGAGAACCUGGCCAAUGUUGUGAAGUUUGUCCAAACGGUCCAAACUGCUACAUUGAUGGCGUCUUAGUUUCAAUGAAUCAGGAUUACGUAAGGCCAGACGGUUCCGUCUGCUACUGCGAAGAAGGGAGCCCCUGGGAACAAGCUAAUAUCAUCUGUACACCUCCCAGAGACACUACUACGCCUGCUGGAUGCGAGGGUCAGGACAAACCUUUUGAAGACGGCCCUUGUGGAGGAUGUAUGUGUGAUAACUGGUCUGGGGAAUAUGAAUGGAUCUGUUACAUGGCAAGCUGUAUGAUGCCCAAUUGUGUCGACCCUGUCAAAAAACCUGAUCAAUGCUGUGAAGAAUGUCCUAAUGGUCCCAACUGUUACAUCGAUGACGUCAUAGUUCCGAUGGGCCAGGAGUACGUCAGGUCGGACGGCUCCGUCUGUUUUUGUCAACAAAACGAACCAUGGCAGCAAGCAGACGUCAUCUGUAUGCCUCCAUUUAAAACUCCGGCUGGGUGCGAGAGCCAAGAAAAACCUUGGGAUUCCCCGUGUGUUACAUGCGAUUGUGUGGACUGGUCAGGGGCAGGUAAUGCAGACUGGGUGUGUUGGAUGACGGAUUGUUUUCCUGCCCCAUGUGUGGACAAGGUUUCUGUACCCAAUGAGUGCUGUGAAACAUGCCCCAAUGGUCCAAAUUGUGAAACAUUCGGAGAGAUAAUUCCAUUGGGUGUCAACAAAACAAUAAAUGGUCUAGAAUGUCAUUGUGAAUAUACUUUCAUUUUGGAAGCACCAAUAGCUGUCUGUAAUCCAAUUUUAACGACCACCUUAGAGACAAUAACUCCUAGUCCAAUCUCAUCGACCACCAAAGAGAGAACAACUCUCAAACAAAGUUCAACGACCACCUCAGAGACAAUAACUCCUAGUCCUAUUUCAUCGUCCACCAAAGAAAGAACAACUCUCAAACAAAGUUCAACGACCACUUCAGAGAAAACAACCCCAAACAAAAAUAGAAAGAGAAUAAGUGCAAACUCUAAUGAGUCAUAAGGCAUUUUAAAUUCUACAACUGUUUCUGUUUAUAAUAAUAGUAAUAUUAAUCUUUAUUGUCCGUAUAAACAAUAAAUUCAAUGUGUCUGAAAGCAAUGGAGAUUUUCACCAUAAAUUAAACAAUGUCAAGGACGCCAAAUUAAAUUUCAAUGUUGCCAACUCAACCAAAGCUACAAACGGCUUAGAAAAUUCGAUCUAGAACGUGCAAAAAAAUAUGUUUAUAUAUAAUUUAGAAAAAAAAAAGCGUAUCAACACCCUCUCGAUUUUGUACACCUAUACACCAAACAAAAGUUAUGGCUAUUUAUGGCUUGUAUGCACAUUUCCAA